UUAAAAAGCGAAUUCUUAAACGUCUUAUUGCAUACUUCUGAAAGCAAAUUUGUUCAUUGCCUUCUAGAUUCACCAACGCUUUAACCGUGUUUUCAAUAAACACUUAAUAUCGAAAGAAAAACAUUCCACACACAUAAAUAAUAGGUCUUUGAAGUUAUUUUUCAAUUAAUUCAUUAAAUUAGAAUGUACCCUGGAUUUUUGCAGCUACUUGUACCCGAUUCCCACACGAUUCUUUUGAGGGGAAUGGAUUAACGGUGGAUUUGAAAAAGCGAUUAUAUUAUUUAUACCGAUAAAUUAAGGUAAGGUCUCGAAACUGUUGCAUACUUUUCGAGGACAGGUUCAUUUGCCCUUUCAACUUCUCUUUUACUUGUUCUUUUAUUUUACUAUAAGUUUAUUAACAUCGUCCUUCGAAACAGUCGAAUACGGUCUAUAGAUAAUGACCUAAUUAUUGUUGCCAACAACUUGUUGGGUAACUCCUGAUGUCAGUUGAACCAUUUACUUAUUAUACCAUGUGCCUUAUGGUAAAAUGGUAUUUUAAGGACGCCAGCUUAUACAUACAUACAUACGCUUAUACUAUACUAAGACUAACUAACUUCGUUAAUAAUAAACAAGUUAUUUACUAAAGGCAAAAGUUUGACUACGUAAAUAAGAAACUUUUUAUUUCUGCUUCAUUAACGGCGUCGAUGUAGAAAAUAUUAGAUUUAUGGUCAUUCUUAGUUCUCAGUCAUGAAUCUAAACAGUCAGUCUCUCAACCUGAGUAUCGGAAUCUUUGCUGAACUUGUGACGGCAUUAAUUUUUCCGAGAAAUUUCAAUACAAUAUUUUACUAUGCUCCCAAUGCCACAGGAGAUUGCCACAUGGAGAAAGUUCUGGAAAAUGGUAUUCCUGUUCUGGUUUGGCAUUCGAGGAGCAUUGUCCAUUUGCAGAGCUUUAUUAGCGAAGAACUGAUUGUAAUGGCUUGUUUGCAGGCUCUGCAAUGGAGAAGCGAGCUUCAAGGAUUGGCCCAAAGCCUGAACUUUUUACGGCAAGCAAAAAUACUUAUUGAAAUGGACACAAGUCAUGAUAAGGAUUUGGCCAAUUCGAUUUUAACAUACUGCCUACAGCAGGAUAUGAUAAAUGCGAACAUAAUUUUCAGCGAUUUUGCCGAAAAUCGAAUAGUAUAUAUCUAUGAGGCCUUUCCCAGUUUCGCAAUGAAAAAGCAAGAGUUUGUAGCGAAUACCACAUGGCUAUAUCCAAACAAAAUGCUCGACUUAAAAGGAUAUGGACUGCGCACUCUACCCGAUCUCUCUGAGCCCAAUACAAUACUCUAUCACGAUGCUAAUGGACAACCUCGACUGCUCGGUUAUGUCUGGGACAUGGUGAAAGAGUACGCUCGAAAGCGUAAUGCUCGUCUUAAGUUAAUCUUCAAACCAGUGGAGGGCAAAACUUUGACUCAUAUUCAACUAAUGGAUUUAGCACGGGAUCGCAGCUUAGAUAUAGCGGCUAGUGUGCAGCCCAUGACAUUACGUUAUCAAGAUCGAACUUCGCAAUAUGCCUAUCCAGUGCACUGCUCAAGUUGGUGUACAAUGAUUCCAAUGGAACAGGGCAUUCAAGUACGAGAUCUGUAUGCUUGGACAGUUCCCGUGAAGACAAUGAUUUUUCUUGGUUUCAUCGUGUUGAUUCAUCAAUUGCUCCAUGAUCGCUGGCUACGUCUCAGGCGUCUACAGGCCAUCGGUUGGCUGGUGUUGACAGCUUUGCUGUCCCUCAACUUUAAGGGAAGAAUAGUUGGUCUGUUUGUAGUGCCUCCGAUGGAUUCGCCUAUUGACAGUUUUCAGGCCAUGGCAAAUUCCAAGGUUCGCAUUUUUGGCAUUCGUGCCGAGUAUAACUCUUAUGAUUUCGACAUGCGUACCAAAUUUUCCACUGUAUUCCGGCUAAGCGAUUCCCCAUCCGAACUCAUCCGACUACGGAACUCUUUGAACAACUCGUACGCUUACACUGUCACCCACACCAAGUGGCAGCUAUACGCAGAACAACAAGCCCAUAGCUCACGGCCCUUGUUUCGAUACUCGACGGAUCUCUGUUACUAUGAAAUGGCACCAUUUGCUCUGGUCAUUCCGGAAAAUUCACCACAUCGUGCACCUUUGCAUAGUUUCUCGCUUGCUGUAGUCGAAUCUGGAUUGUUUGAUCAUUGGGUGUCAAAAAGUUUUUACUAUAUGGUCAAAGCGGGUCGACUACGUAUGGAAGAUCUGUUCUCCGAACGGCAAGCCCAUUCCAUUUCACUCAAUGAUCUAAUUUACGUACUUCAGACUUACCUAGUGGGCAUGGCAUCAAGUGUAGUCUUGUUUCUCAUUGAAAUUGGUGCCAGCUGGGCAUUAGUAAGUUUGUAA